AUGGCUUCGGCGAUCUCAAAUGUCCUUAACUGCCCUAAACCCCAAAUUUCCCAGAGGAAUUUCAAUCUCAAAAACUCAGUUUUAAAAUCCCCAACUUCCCUUGUCAGAUUUCCUGGAGUGGUAAGGCAACAUAAAAGUUUUAUUUGUGCUUCCGCGUCAGCAACAGGAGGUUCUAGGUCAGACAAUGACUUAAACCCAUAUGAGGUUCUUGGUGUGAAUCCCAUUGAGGGGUUUGAUAUGGUGAAGGCAGCGUAUGCAAAAAAGCGCAAGGAGGCCGAGAUAGAGGGUGAUGAAGCAACUGCUGCUCGGCUAGAGAAGGCAUAUGAUAAAUUGAUGAUGGCUCAGUUAAGUAAUCGGAAGAAGGGUGUGACAUAUGGUUCAUUCAAGGUCUCAAAGGACAUAAAAUAUGCUGAUAAGCAGCCAAUUGUACCAUGGGGACCAAGAUUAAACCUCAAAGAGAAAAUGAUGAAAUUGACAAUAAGUUACCUAGUGCCAAGGUUUGCCAAGUCCAGUGAACAUGACAUGCGCAUCAACCUGGCAAUAUCUGCUGCAUUUACAGCUUGGAUUCUUAUCAAACGCAAUGCUGAAUAUAAACCUCUUCAGUUCCUGGCUUUUGCGUUUGUAUAUCGAAUUUUUGAGAAGUUAAAAACCUUUGAACCUCCUGUGUCGCCGACAUAUACAGAAGAUGGUGAAGACGAGGGGCGGACAGUGCGCUUGGGGAAAAGGAUUCUUCGUUCCCUUGCACUAGUUUUUGGAUCUAUUGCCUUUGCUUCCUUGGUAGGCAAGAUGAGGAUCAUGAUAAAAGGUGGAGUGUGGAAGAACACGGAGGAUGAAAUAUUAAAAGCGGCGGUUAUGAAAUAUGGCAAAAAUCAAUGGGCUCGUAUUUCUUCCCUUCUUGUUCGUAAAUCUGCUAAGCAAUGUAAAGCUCGUUGGUAUGAGUGGCUUGAUCCUUCCAUUAAAAAGACUGAAUGGACUAGAGAAGAGGACGAGAAAUUGCUUCAUCUUGCAAAGCUCAUGCCCACACAGUGGAGGACGAUUGCCCCAAUUGUUGGACGUACUCCAUCACAGUGCCUUGAGCGUUACGAGAAGCUGCUUGAUGCAGCUUGUGUUAAGGAUGACAACUACGAACCUGGGGAUGACCCACGGAAGUUGCGUCCUGGUGAGAUUGAUCCGAACCCAGAAUCUAAGCCUGCACGUCCAGAUCCUGUUGAUAUGGAUGAGGAUGAGAAGGAGAUGCUUUCGGAAGCACGAGCUAGGUUAGCAAAUACUAAAGGUAAAAAGGCUAAAAGAAAGGCUAGGGAGAAACAACUUGAAGAAGCUAGGAGGCUUGCUUCCUUGCAGAAAAGAAGGGAACUGAAGGCUGCUGGUAUUGAUACUAGGCAACGGAAGAGGAAAAGAAAGGGGAUAGACUAUAAUUCUGAAAUUCCCUUUGAGAAGAGACCUCCUCCUGGAUUUUAUGAUGUUGCUGAUGAAGAUAGGCCUGUGGAUCAGCCUAAGUUCCCGACCACCAUUGAAGAAAUUGAAGGGAAAAAAAGGAUGGAUGUUGAAGCACAGUUAAGAAAGCAAGACAUUGCGAAGAAUAAAAUUGCUCAAAGGCAAGAUGCUCCGUCAGCUAUACUGCAAGCAAACAAGCUGAAUGACCCAGAAACAGUAAGGAAGAGGUCAAAAUUAAUGCUUCCUGCACCACAGAUUUCAGAUCAUGAAUUGGAGGAAAUUGCGAAGAUGGGUUAUGCUAGCGAUCUUCUUGCAGGAAGUGAGGAAAUCACUGAAGGGAGUGGUGCAACACGUGCUCUUUUAGCAAACUAUGCCCAAACACCACGACAAGGAAUGACACCACUACGAACCCCGCAAAGAACUCCUGCUGGUAAGGGUGACGCUAUAAUGAUGGAAGCUGAAAACCUAGCCCGGAUGAGAGAGUCACAAACACCGUUACUAGGAGGAGAAAAUCCAGAGUUGCACCCUUCAGAUUUUUCUGGAGUUACCCCUAAGAAACGGGAGAUUCAAACACCAAACCCAAUUCUGACUCCUUCCUCAACUCCUUCUGCAACUCCUUCUGCAACUCCUGGCGGUGUUGGUCUUACUCCCAGAAUUGGUAUGACACCAUCAAGGGAUUCUUUUGGGAUGACCCCGAAAGGAACUCCUAUCAGGGAUGAACUCCAUAUAAAUGAAGAUAUGGAUAUGCAUGACAGUGCAAAACUUGAGCAACGAAGACAGGCUGAUCUGAGAAAGAAUCUGCGUUCUGGUCUUGGCAGUCUUCCACAGCCCAAGAAUGAAUACCAGAUAGUCAUCCAACCGCCUCCAGAAGACAAUGAAGAACCAGAGGAGAAGAUUGAAGAGGAUAUGUCUGAUAGAAUAGCGAGAGAAAAAGCUGCAGAAGAAGCUCGACAGCAGGCAUUACUUAGGAAGAGAUCGAAAGUACUGCAAAGGGAACUUCCUCGGCCUCCUGUUGCUUCAUUGGAAUUAAUUAGAGAUUCUUUGCUGAAAGCUGAUGGGGAUAAGAGUUCCUUUGUUCCUCCUACAUUAAUUGAACAGGCUGAUGAAAUGAUAAGAAAGGAGCUUCUAGCCUUACUAGAGCAUGAUAAUGCAAAGUAUCCACUUGAAGAGAAGGCAAGCAAGGAGAAGAAGAAAGGCUCCAAGCACCCUUCAAAGAGAUCUGCUGCUUCUAUCCCUGUGAUAGAGGACUUUGAAGAAGUUGAGAUGAAACAAGCUGAUACUUUGAUAAAAGAGGAAGCUCAGUACAUACGUGUAGCUAUGGGGCAUGAAGAUGAAUCCCUUGAUGAAUUUGUUGAAGCACACAAAACAUGCAUGAAUGACCUCAUGUACUUCCCCACUCGCAACGCUUAUGGACUCUCCAGUGUUGCUGGAAACAUGGAGAAACUUGCAGCAUUGCAGAAUGAAUUUGAGAAUGUGAAAACAAGGUUAGAUGUUGAAAGGGAGAAGGCAUUACGGCUUGAGAAGAAGGUCAAUGUUCUCACACAAGGUUAUCAGAUGCGGGCAGACAGGCAGAUUUUGCCACCAAUUGAGUUGACCUUAAAGCAGAUGGACACUGCUGGAACAGAACUAGAGUGCUUCCAAGCUUUGCAGAGGCAAGAGCAAUUAGCAGCAUCACACAGGAUCAAUGGUCUUUGGGAGGAAGUUCAGAAGCAGAAGGAGCUAGAGCAAACUUUGCAAAGGAGAUACGGAGAUCUUGUGGCUGAGCUUGAAAGGAUACAACAGCUCAUCAUUAAUUAUCGGGCUCUAGCAAUACAACAAGAAGAAAUCGCUGCAAAGAAUCGUGCACUUGAGUUGGCCGAAGCUGCAGCAAAGCAAGCUGCCAUGCUGGACGCAAAACCUUCUGAGCCUAUGCCUUCAGAUGAACUUGGAAGCUCUAUGCCAGUUGAUUCAUCUGAUGAAAAAGUUUCAGAGCAGCAAUUGGAUGUUGAAUCAGAGAAGGUGCACAGUGCACUGGCCACAGAUGCAAGCUUGACUAACAAUGUGCCUUCUGAUGAAAAAGUUUCGGAGCAGCAAAUGGAUGUUGAAUCAGAGAAGGUGCACAGUGCAUUGGCCACAGAUGCAAGCUUGACCAACAAUGUGUCAUCUAAUGAGGUGCAGACAACACUUGUACAAGGUAACGGCCAUGAAGCUUCUGGUACUUAUCCCUCUGGUUCGGAUGGAGAUGACCAAAAUGGAGUUCCAUUUCCAACAGAGGACUCGAUAAACAGAGGAGAUAUUAUAUCUAAUGUUGGCGUUGCAGUGGAGAAUAAGGUGAAUGAUAAUUCUGUUGAUGGGGAUGCUGGUGAUGAUGUUAUGAGCACAGAAGUUAUGAAGGACAGCUCAGCUGCCAUUGAAGAAGAGAGUAUCCAAGAAAGAGUUGAUGGCUAUGCCAAUGCUGAUGUGAUGCAGGUUUCCAGUGGCAGAGAUGACAAAGUAAAUCAAAUGAAGGAUGAAGGAAAAUUGCCUGUCAUGGAGGUGGAUCUUACUAACUCUGAAUAG